GAGGAUCGAAGGUGGUUAUAAUAGUGCACAAGGACGGUCGAUGAGCUUGCAACUAACAAAGCAGCGGCAUUUCUCCCAGGAUUCCACCUAUCGCAUCGUGCGAAUCAGUGUAGUGUUUUACGUAGUUCCUUAACGUGUUCUGCAAUUGUCGUCAUUGUUGAAGAAGAAAAAAAAAAGGAGUACAAGAGUGAAGGGUGGUUGACAUUAAAGGAGCAACCACCUUGACAACUGCAGCCUUCGUCAACGAGGAACGAUAUUCCUUCGAGGGCGUCGUCCAACCGAACAGGUCGGCCGACGAGGAGGUUUCGAGUCACUCCUAAACGUGGAAAGGGGACCCCGAAAGACGGGGGUUUAUAUCAUCGGGACGGCAGAUGUCAGGAUGCCGGAGCAGAGCAACGACUAUCGUGUCGUCGUGUUUGGGGCGGGUGGCGUUGGCAAAAGUUCUCUUGUCCUGCGCUUCGUGAAAGGAACCUUUCGUGAGUCCUAUAUACCAACCAUCGAGGAUACUUAUAGACAGGUGAUAAGCUGCAACAAAAACAUAUGCACGCUUCAAAUUACGGACACAACCGGCUCCCAUCAGUUUCCCGCGAUGCAACGACUCUCCAUAAGUAAGGGUCACGCCUUCAUCCUGGUAUAUUCGGUAUGCUCACGGCAAAGUUUCGAGGAGCUACGACCGAUCUGGGCUGUGAUAAGGGAGCUGAAGGGUCAAGAAAUCUCACAGAUACCGAUAAUGCUGGUUGGUAAUAAAUGUGACGAGAGUCCUUCCGUACGCGAAGUUUCGAUGAGCGAAGGCGCAGCGGAAGCAGCCAAUUGGGGCUGUGGUUUCUUGGAGACAUCCGCGAAGACUAAUCACAACGUUAACGCGCUCUUCCGGGAUCUUCUUACUCUCGAGAAGAAUCGCUCCGUCUCGUUGCAGCCGGUAGAAAGUCACAAUGCGAUAAGCCUGAAGGAGAAAUGCGAGGUCAUGUAAUCUCGUUAUUCAUUUUUAUUCUUAAUUCUCUAUAAAAUUUUACUCGGUCCCAACGACUCCAUGCCAAACAAACAAUCAUCAUAAUCGACGUUGUCACUAUCAUCAUCAUCAUCGUCAUCGUCAUCAUCAUCGUCAUCAUCGUCAUCAUCGUCAUCAUCAUCAUCAUCAUCAUCAUCAUCCUCUCUUUUCUCUCUCAUUUUACCACGACAAUUUCAUCUUUAACGCGAUAGAGAGUGAAUUAUCUUCGGGGAUAACGAGUCGUCGAUCCAUUUUAGUAUUAACUUUCUUCCACCAGACGAUAUCGGAUUUUGCACAAAACAUUUUUAAUCGACCAAUGCGACGUCUAUCUCUCUUCUAUCCUCUCUUCCUCUCUUUCUCUCUUUCUCGUUCCCAUUAUCAAUACUCUAUCUCUCUUUCUCUCUCUCUCUUUCUCAUUGUCUAUUCGAAGAUUAUUAUCCCUUCAUUUCCAUAUAAUCCAGAAAUCUCAAACCGAAAUCUAAUACGAGCUUAAUAAUCGUAAGGGACACAAUUAUAAAAAUAAACUUAGUACCUCCGUCGAUAAUGCAAAUCGACAUUUUCUAUAUGAUUAUCAAUAUCCCUGCGUGAUAAUGCGAGCAUAGAAAAGACACACAUUUCCCCUUUUUCUUCUUUUUCAAUUUCUUCCUGCUUCUUCUUUUAUACAAAACAAAAAAAUAGAAAAGAAAGAGGGAAAGAGAGAGAGAGACAGAGAGAGAGAGAAAGAGAGAGAGAGAGAGAGAG